AUGUCGUCUAUCGACGAACCGGUCGUCGCGCCUGCUCCUGCCGAAGUCCCCGUGGAGGUAGAUGAGAAUGAACCCCCGGCUACUCCAGUAGAGCCUGUGGUCUCUGGGGGCGAGGAGGCAGUCAAAUCUAGCCCCGAGGUAGUAAAGUCUAGCCCCGAGGCAGUCAAAGAAGCACCCAAGGCCUCUCCGACCAAGGCCAGCUCUGGCGCAACCGCCACAGCCAAGCGUCCUGUGUCGGGAACUGCUGCCACUAAGCGGCCCACCUCGUCGUCCGCAUCGAAGCCCACCACGGGAACUUCUCGCCCAAGCACUAGCAGCAGCAGCACCUUGAACAAGCCGCCCACUCGCCCCACGACUACUACCGCGACCCGCAAGCCGCUGAGUACCUCUACCACUUCGUCCCACCGGUCUCGGAUGUCUGUCAGCAGCUCUGCCGACGAAAAGCCUCGCUCCGUGGCCAGCUCUGGGGAUGAAAAGCGCGGUAUCUCUGGCACGGCAAAGCGUAUGUCCAUGGCUGGUACCGCUUCCACUCGCGCUCCUUUAAGACCUUCCCCUUCUGUCGACCGCCGAUCAAGUGUGGCUAGCACCACCGCGGAACGAAAGCCUCCUGUUACAGCCUCACGCACUGCGACCUCGACAAGCAAGCCCGUGGGCCGAUUGACCUCCGCGACUGCUGCUCCUUCUCGAACCGCUACUUCUACAUCGGCUACACGACCGACUACCACUCGGCCUACUUCAACCACAAGCACAGUUCGCUCCUCUACUGCCGCGGACCCCAAGAAGCGACUGAGUACGGUUUCUGGCACCACUGCCCGUGGAGGUGAGUCCGAGAAGCUGCAGGCCCUUCAGACAAAGUUGUCUGAGAGCGAGGAGACUGUGGCCAGCUUGAAGACUGAGCUCGAGGGUGUCAACGAGAAGCUCACCCAGCUGUCCCUUUCAGCCGAGGAGCCCUCAGGCAACACUGGUGCCACUGAAGCUAGCAACGCGGAACACGUCGCAGAGAUCGAAAGAUUGACUUCAGCUCACGCCGAGGAGCUUCAGGCUCUGACUGUACGACUGGAAGAGGCUGAGACCCAGCGCAAAGAGCUGGAAGAGAGUUCCCAGAAGGACCUUGAGGAGGCUAGACGAUCUGCUUCAGCCCAGGGCGAUGAUAAAACAGUUGCUCUGCUCGACGAGCUUAAGGCAACCCACCAAACUCAGCUGGAGGCAAUCGAAAAGGAGUUGGCGGAACACAAAUCUUCCGCUGCCCACUUUGAGGAGCAAAUCACCGCGCUCAAGAAUGAACUUGAGGCCCAGAAGGCCGCUCUCGCGGAAGAGAAGGCCCGUGAACUCGAACAUUUCGAACGCGAACUUAAGGGUCGGGAUCAGGUUAUGGAGAACCUGAACCAGGAGAUCGUGAAACUGAACACCAUCAAGGACCAGGAGGUUCGCGCUGCCGGGGAGAGUGCUAAGCAGAGUGUCGCCAGCCUUCAGGAGCAUGUAGCAUCCCUCGAGACGAAACUUGUUGAAGCCGAGUCUGCUACCAAGGAGAACCCUGAGCAGACAUCUUCGCUCGCCGAGAAGGACCAAGAGAUCACCGACCUCAAGCAGGCUAUUGAGGCAGCCCACAAGGAGAUCAAGGAAGCUAACGAGGCUGCAGCCUCUCAAUUAAACUUUGAGGUCGAGCAGCUUGGAUCUGCUCAUGAUGCCGCAAUUGCUCAGCUCAAGGCUGAACACGAUGCCGCAAUCAGCUCUCUCUCUACAAAGCACGCCGAAGAACUUGACGGCGCCUCCAAGGUGGCUGAAUCGAGCGGUACCGAGCACACCGAGCAACUUCAAGCCCUCCGCGAUGCCCUUGAGGCCUCAAAAAUUACUGCCCAUCAGUCCCAACAAGACGCCAUCGCCGAGCUGAAGACUGCGCACGAGGCGGAGCUGAAGUCCUUGCAAGAUAAGCUCGACGCCUCGGAGAACACUGCCCAGCAGGGACAAGAGCAUGUCGUUGCGGAGCUGAAGAUUGCCCACGAGGCCGAGUUGAAAUCGCUACAAGAUAAGCUUGAUGUCUCAGAAGCCGCUCUGGCCGAGAGCCGCCGCGCGUUGGAGGAGGGCAAUGCUUCUGCCCAAGAUCUCGCCGUGCAGGAAAUUGACGCUCUUCGCAGCAAGUGCGAGUCGCUGGAGGCGCAAUUGACCUCAGGCACUGGCAAGAUUAACGCGCUCCUUGAAGAAAUGCAAAGCAAACAGGCUGAGGCUGAAGCCAUUCACCGCACUCUCCGUGAUGUCGAAGACCAUUCUAAGCAAGAGAGUGCCCAAAAGGACAACAAGAUGAGGGCUCUUGAGGAGAAGGCCGCAGAAGCUACAUUCCUUCUUGAUCAGCACACCGCGCAGGCCGCCGGUGUAUCCGAGGCGCACGCAAAGGAGCUUGAAGAGUUGAAGGCCCAACAUGCUACCCAGCUUGCAUCCGAGCUCCAGCAGGCUAAGGAAGCCUCAGGCUCACAUGAUACUGCUUUGAGUGACCUCCAGGCUCAGUACGAUGAGCUGCUUGCCUCUAGCAAGGGGUUGGAAUCCGAGCACGCCACUCGAGCCCAAUCGAUGGAGGCCGAGUUGAAGGCCGCGCUCGAAAGCCAUGCGAGUGAGAUCGCCACCCACACCGAGGGUCACACUGAGCUGCAGAAGCAGUUUGAGGAGACCCAGACCAAGUUGCAAGCUGAGCUUGCUACUUUGCAGAGCUCCAACAAGGCGGAUGCUGAACUUCACGCCAAGCAAAUCGCUGAACUGCAGACUGGCUUCGAGGAAACCAAGGCCAAGCUUCAGGCUGAACUUGAAGCUACUCAAAGCUCUAAGGCUGCUGACUCCGAUGCCGAACACAGCAAAGCGAUCGAGGAGCUUCUCACCAUGUACGAGUCCAAGCUUUCUGGCCUCCGGGAGGAACUCGAGGCAUCUUCCAAGUCUAAGAUUGAAGAGCUCCAGAAGGCCCACGAUGCGGCCCUGGCCAGUGCCAACGAGCAACUGUCUCUCGCCCAUGCCGCUGCCCAAGAUACUUCUGCUCUGGAGAAAUUGCAGGCCACCGUCGCGGAUCUCGAGAGUAAGCUCGCUGAUUCCGAAAAGGCCCACAUCGCGGUCCAGGAAUCUGCUACAUCUGCUUCAAGAGAUAUCGAGGAGCGGUAUGCAACUGAGCUUGCCACUAUUCAGACUGAGCAUGCUGCUCUGACUGAGAAAUAUCAAGCCACCGUCACACAGCUUGGCGAGCUACAGAAGUCUGCUGUUGAUUCUGACAGCCAAAAAUCGCACCUUGAGUCUAUCAUGAAGCAGCUCUCUGAGUCUCGCGAUCAGCUUUUGAAGACAAAGGCGGAUAACGCUUCCCUCGCCGACUCUCUGGUUGAUUGCAAGAGCCAGAACAAGACACUCGCAGAGAAGCAAGAGGCCGGCGAACGGGAUCUCAACGAUCAAAUUGACAAGAACAUGGGUCUCCUUGAGCAGCUUGGUCAAUUUGACUCUGACAUCUCCACCAGCCGACGACGAGUUCGUGAGCUUGAGACGGAGCUUGCAGUGCUGAAGGCAGACAGUGCAGACAAGAGCAGCACUUCAGGACUAGGAGCCAGCAGGUGGGCUACAGCCGAUGAGGGUAGCGAGAACGCUGAAGAUGGGGGUCCAGCCACAACGGAAGGUGAGGACCUAGGCCCAUCCAUUGAGGGAACGAUGGCAAGCAUACAGGAACAGCUUAAGCACGUCCGAACGGCCCACGAUGAUUGGCACAGCGAGCAUGGCAGACUCCUUGGCCAGCUUGCCAACAUUUCACAGCAAGCGUCUCCCGCCCGUAGCCUCUCCACAACCCCCCUUUCGGCUAUUUCCGAGGUGCCACCAUCAGCCAGAGAGCCAGAACCAGCCCGGACCCGCGCAGCAACAGUCUCAUUCUUCGGUAAAGGCUAA